GCACCGGUUUCGGCUUCCAAGCUGGCUGACUGCUCUCGAGGCAGCAGCGUUUCUCAUUUAAACAAACAGCAGCUGAAGAUGGCGGAGUCACAAACGGAGCUGAAAUAGAAAGCAACAACAAACCAACAGAAGAUAACAAGAUAUAUUUAUGUCUCUCACAGGAGCUCAAAACUGGAUGUGAAGCUGGAGGAAGCCGAAGCACACCAUUAAAACACUGCUGAAGGAGGUGCUGAUAUGUGUAGAAGAUGAGUGGUGUGGGGGAAAACUCCAUGGAGCCUUUGUGCCCUGAUCGUAAGCGCAGUCUGUCCACCUGCGACACGCCCGGCCUCGGGUGUGAGAAGCGGCGGCGAGAGCAGGAGAGUAAAUACAUCGAGGAGCUGGCGGAGCUGAUCUCAGCUAACCUGAGCGACAUCGACAGCUUCAACGUUAAACCAGACAAAUGCGCCAUCCUGAAGGAGACGGUGCGACAGAUCCGCCAGAUCAAAGAGCAAGGGAAAGCCUCAUCAAGUGACGAUGAUGUCCAGAAAGCCGACGUUUCCUCCACAGGUCAGGGCGUCAUCGAUAAGGACCAUCUCGGACCUCUGUUACUGCAGGCACUGGAUGGCUUCCUGUUUGUGGUAAACCGAGAGGGGAGCAUCGUUUUUGUGUCUGAUAACGUCACUCAAUACCUGCAGUACACACAGGAGGAGCUGAUCAACACCAGCGUCUACAACAUCCUGCAUGAUGACGACCGAGACGACUUCCACAAGAAUUUGCCCCGGAAUACCGUGAACAGCAUGGCGUGGGGAGGAGAAGCUCCUCGACAGAAGAGCCACACCUUUAACUGCCGCAUGCUGGUAAAGUUCAGCUCCGGUCUGGCCGAGGAGAACCCUGGGACGCACCGCUACGAGACCAUGCAGUGUUUCGCCCUCACGCAGCCGAAAGCCAUGAUGGAGGAGGGAGAAGACUUGCAGUCAUGUAUGAUCUGUGUGGCACGACGUGUGACCACGUUGGAGAGAACCGAGAGCUUCAACACUAGACACGAUCCCUCAGGCAAACUGAUUCAGAUAGACCAGAAUUCCCUGCGUGCCUCGAUGCGUCCAGGUUGGGAGGACCUGCUGAGACGCUGUAUACAGAUGUUUCUACAGCACAGUGAUGGACAGCCCUGGUCAAAUAAACGGCACUACCAUGAAGCUUUUCUCCAUGGCCAUGCAGAGACCCCUGUGUACAGGUUCUCCUUAUCAGAUGGCACCCCAGUCACAGCUCAGACCAAAAGCAAGCUCUACCGCAACCCGAUGACCAACGAGCCUCAGGGCUUCAUAUCCACACACCUCUUACAGAGGGAGCCCAACGGCUGUCGUACCAACCAAAGUGGCAUGAUGCAAGGCGCCAUGAGGCAGCAGGGCAUGGGGGGCACUAACCCCAACAGCCAAAUGAACAUGGGUCCUAUGGGGGGCAUGGGUGGUAUGGGAGGGAUGAGUAUGAAUCGUGGUUAUGGCAUAAAGGACACGGGGCACAUGGGACACAUGGGUGGUGGGGGGUCAAUGUACGGGGGCGGCAUGGGGAGUCGAAUGAUGCAGAUGAAUCAAAUGAAUCAGAUGAGUCAGAUGGGUCAAAUGAAUCCAAUGGGCCAAAUGAAUCAAAUGAAUCCCAUGGCUCAGAUGAAUCCUAUGAAUCACCCUGGUCCUGGGAUGCAGCAUCAGCAGAGUCUCUUCCAGGCACCGGGAGGCUACGGACUCGGAGGCAUGAGCAGCCCGUCUCAAGGUAGCCCGGGUCUAAACGGACCUCAGCAGGGUCUUCUCAUGUCUCCACGCAACAGAGGAAGUCCAAAAAUGAUGUCCAGCCAGUUCUCUCCAGGAGGUACAGGUAGUGUUGGAGCUACAGGAGGUGGAGGUGGAACCACUUAUUCCAGCAGCUCCCUUAAUGCUCUUCAGGCCAUCAGUGAAGGAGUAGGUGCCUCUCUGCCAUCCACCCUGACGUCCCCUUCUACAGCACACAAACCAGACAGCUCUCCAAGUAUCCAUUCCUCCUCCUCCUCCUCCCAAACCUGCAAAUCAGGACCUGGGGACUCCAAAAGCCCAGCAGGAGCCUACAGUCAAGGAACUGGAGAUCAGCAUCACCCCUUGCAUCACCACCAUCACCACAGCCACACCCACCAAUCAGAGAGCAGCAGUGCUGACCGACCCGAUAGCCAGGCUGGUGGAGGCAGCAAAGAGACUGGGGAUACAGUCAACGAAGCUGGAAAUGCUUCAUCCGAACCUCCUCGGAAGAUUCCAGAUGGAAAAGGACACAAAAAAUUGCUCCAACUCCUCACCUCACCUACUGAGGAGCUAGGACUCGGGGUUGGAAGUGGACCUCCUGGACCCCCAUCAGGAACUACCUUGGAGGGCAAGGACCCGGGAUGCGUCACGAGUCCGUCUUCCACUGGCGUCUCUUCAUCUACCAAUCAGAGCCAGGUUCUUGGAGCAGCCGGUGGAGGACCCUCUGAAGCUUUGGGGUCUUCUCACUACACCGCAUCAUUACAGAAAAAGCACAAGAUCCUCCACAAACUGCUCCAGAAUGGAAACACACCCGACGAAGUUGCAAAAAUCACUGCAGAGGCAACGGGUAAGGCGAUGCUCGGCCAGGACACGGGCGCCGCUGGAGGAGAAAUGGGAGGUGCCAACACAGGACCAGGGGGAGUCUCUGGAACAUCAGAACCCAAGCAAGAGCAACAUAGCCCCAAGGAGAAGAAAACCAACGCCCUGCUUCACUACCUCCUCAACAACAAAGACGACUCCACCUCCAAAGAGUCCAGCGACAUCAAACCAAAGCCUGAGAAUCUGGAAGGGAAAGGUGUCACUGGGGGUAAUGGUGGCACUCCGCUCAACAGAGGAGUGCAGGAGAACAUGGAGGGCAAGAUCAAGUCAGAACCUCCUGAUGAGCUGGACACCAUCCUUGGAGGCCUCAGAGGUUCUGGAACAGAUUUUUCAGAGCAGGGGGAUGCAGGAGGUGCACCGGAUGGAGGGAACAAGAAUCACUCGUUUACUGAUGAUGGAAUGAACAGAGGGAUGGGAAUGCCGGAACGAUCCCCCAUGGGUCCGCCUGGAGACUGGGGAAUGCCGCGGGCGACUGGUAGCCCCUCUGUCAUGCAUCCUGCCGUCGAUUCCUACAACUCCAAGGGCAUGAUGGGAGGACCCAUGGUGAACAGGUCCAACAGUGUUCCUGGUACCAGGUCCAUUCUGCAGCAGCAGCUGAUGGAUAUGGGCUCUAGUGAUAUGAACAUGGCGAUGGGGCCGUUCAGCCAGCAGCAGUGUCCAGACAGUCAGUCUCCUUCCUGGCCAGACAACAUGAUGGGGAUGGACAGCAGGCGUCAGUUUGGAAACGCUCUGGAUGAGUUGUUGGUUCCUCCUUCCACCUCUGAGGGUCAGAGUGAUGAGCGAGCUCUGUUAGAUCAGCUCGACUCUCUGCUCAAUAACACAGAUGUCUUGGCUCUGGAGGAGAUCGACCGUGCCCUGGGCAUCCCUGACAUCAUCAGCCAGGGUCAGGGUGGAGAGCUGCAGCCAGAGCCCUUCCCCACCCAGGACCCGUCCAUGGUGAUGGAGCAGAAGCCCAUGUACCCCCAGGGCUACCCCGGACCCCCGUCCAUGCCCAUGGCCUCCGGUUACGGUGCCAACCCUAUGCAGGGCGCCCAUCCCCCUUCACCCUACAGCCCCAUGAUCAACCAGAUGGGGCAGGGGAACUACCCCGGGAUGGGCGGAAUGGGGCCGAUGGGGGGUAUGGGGCAUCCACGUGCUGCCAUGAUGAGACCCAGGAUGAUGAGCGCCACCAAACCUACACGCCUACAGCUGCAGCAAAGGCUACAAGGACAACAGUUUAUGAGCCAGGCUCGGCAGGGUAUGGGCAUGAAGAUGGAGAAUCCAGGUGGAGGAGGAGGCCCUGGGAUGAGACCUGGCAUGCAGCCGGGAAUGGGAGCCCAGCCUGGUUUCCUGAACACACAGAUGAUAGCCCAGCGUAACAGAGAGAUGCAGAUGCGGAGACACAGGAUGAUGAUGUUGAUGCAGCAGCAGGCAGCAGGUGGAGGUUUCAGUCCUCCGCCCAAUGUCACGGCGCCCACUGGGAUAGAGGGCAUGGGUGGGCCGGGCAUGGGGCAGCCGGGGCAGCAGCAGUUCAGCUAUGGAGGAGGCUAUGGAAUGAGCCAACAGGGUGAUCCCUCGUUCACUCCCGCCGGAGGUCCCAGCCCACCCAACGCCAUGAUGCCAGGCCGCAUGGGGCCUCCACAGAGUCCCAUGAUGCAGCAGCACCCACAGGGCGGCCCCAUGUACCAGAGUCCUGACAUGAAGGGCUGGCCUCAGGGGGCAAUGACACGCAACAGUUCAUAUCCACAGCAGGCGUUUGCUCAGCAGGGCUCAGCACCGUACGGCUCCAUGAUGAUGAGCGGCACUAACGCGGGUCACAUGGGGCAGAUGAACAUGGGCAUGAUGGGGAGGAUGGCUAUGGGCCCCGAUCAGAAAUAUUUAUGAAGAGGACGGAGGGACGGGUGUCAGCAUGGGGACACUGUGAAGCUGAUAAACGUAAUAAACACCUGAAUGGUCAGAGCUAACGUGUGAAACUAAAUGUAACAGUGUAAAUACACAUCUCUCACACACACACGUACAUCAUGUCUCUCUCUCUCUCUCUCUCUCUCUCUCUCUCUCUCUCUCUCUCUCUUUCUCACACACACACACACAUUUGUGAAUGUAUGUCAUGCCGUGUCGACCGUCUGGAUGUAAGAUCACCUUCUGUCCUGUUAAAGGUACGACGAGAUAAAGGAAGCUGUGAUGGCACUUUAAUCAGAGCUGUUUCACGCCGUUAGGAAAGUUGCAAUAUUUAUUAUUUUUUUGCUCAUUUUAGCCUUAACGGAGAGCCGCAGAAUAAGAACCGGACUUUGCGGCGGUUCUCCGUGGGAGCGCAGGACGAUUAGGAACCUGACAACAGCAAGCACAGAUGAUCUGUUUAAUACAGACUGAAGCAAUAAAAUCUGGUCUCAGUGUGAAGGUUCUGCAGUAUUACAGACAUCCAGCUCACCUUCACACCCUCUGUAAUGUUCCCUCAUCUUCACUCUGGUGUUCUGAUGUGUAAAUACAGUGCACAUGUGUAUUAUAUCUGCUUUUGUAGCACACACACACACACACACACACACACACACACACACACACAGGGUUUUGCACAUCAGGCUUCUUCUGUAAAUUACAGCUGUUCUGCGUCACCACUCAUCUGUCUGUUCUUUCAUUAGCAGCAGAUCGAUGGAGACUUUUUAUUUUUAUUUCAUUCAUUUCUUUAAAGCUUCCACUUUCUCUCCUUUAAACAAGCACUUUUUUUUUUCUAGAAGAUAUUUUAUUCUUCAGACUCGCACAUGCUUCAUCCUUCACUACAGCAGCUUGUGUAUGAAGUGAUCCACGAUCCACACACUUCUGGGUUUAUUCACCGUUUCCUGUGGUUUCAUAAUAAAAGUCCUGUGUUUCAGGUAAAAUUAGACGUGUUAAGGUUUAAGGUGUUAAACUGAAGGGUGGAGCUGAGAACCGUGUGAUGGACACCAACUGUGAUGGAGCUGAGAACUUAAGUCAUAAUUUAUAACAUUUUAGCAGAACAUUAAUUCCUUCAUAUUCUUAUAUUUUUAUAUAAACUUUUUAUUUUAUGUAAAUUAUUUGUAUGUGGAUUUGUGAGGCUUCGUUCUGUUGUGUUUUUAUUUCACUUCACUUUUAUCUUUCGCUGUUUAACAAAGAAACAUCAACGACACCGAGAUUUUACCUCCAUCUGCUGUUAAACUCAUUUAAUACACACACACACGCACACACACACACAUCUCAUACACACAUCUCACACACACAUCACACACACACA